AUGGGAGGCGGAUUAAUCGCCGUCGAUCAGCGAGCAUCGGACGGCGGACCGGUGCUGGAGCUAGGGGAGGGGGGCGAAGCGGGGGAGGUUCUUCUGCACUCCCAGCCUGACGUGGGAUUGGUGCUUGGCGAAUCUGACGUGGACGAAUCAGGGAACCUGUACAUUACAUCCAAGCGUGUCAUAUGGCACUCCACACACACCCCGCAUGGCAUCGCAGUCAGCCUGGUAGAUCUGAGCAUGCACGCCAUUUCCAGGGACCUCGAAGCAUAUCCCAAGCCCUGCAUCUACACGCAGCCCCUAUACUACACCCAUAAACCACAAACCCCGGCAGGUGACGGGAAAGACGAGGAAGAAGGUGAGAACAAGUGUGUUUUGAGCCGUCUCAUCCAACCCCCCUCCAUCCAAUUCCUUCUCAUCAUCCCUCUCGUCCUUCAGGUUGACACUGUGGAUGCCAUUUUCAAGGCUCUCUGCGACAGUGCUGCACUGAAUCCCGACCCAGAAGGAGCGGAGCAAGAGGGGGAGGGCGACUGGUACUAUAACGAGGAUGAAGUGUUGAGCAACGCACGAGUGCUGUUACCUGAGGGAGAUCCGGACGAGGAGAGAGCGGAGAAAGCACCAUAUUUCCCUGUCACCAUGACACCUAUCUUGCCAUGUCACCCUAUCUCCCGGCAGGUGUUACCUGAGGGAGAUCCGGACCAGUUUGAAGAUGCAGAUGAGGACGAGGAAGAGGAGGACGAGGGAGCAGGUGCUGCUGCUGGGUCAUAG